ACCUUUUAGUAGACGAUUUCAUUUUAACAGUUUUAGACGUAAAGAAUACUAUUUAAAGAAGUAAUCGUAAAAAAACGAUGUUCAAGAUAAUAUUAUUUAUUAAUGUAUGAAAUAAUUGUAAAAUUAAUCAGGAUAAAUAAUUGUCAAUCCUUAAUUAUGGAUAUAAUGUGUGACAAAAAUGAGAAAAGACAAUUGAAAAGAAAAUUUAUAUCAUUAGAGGACAAAGUAGAAAUUUUAAAUCGUUUAAGGGAUGGAGAAAGGAUAUCGUCUGUUGGAAAAUCGUUCGAUUUAAACGAAUCUACGGUUAGGACCUUGAAAAGAAAUGAGGAAAAGAUAAGGAAAACCAUGGCAGAUAGUUGUCCUUUAGCUGCUAAACGUACAACUCGUAAUCGGAAUACUGAUAUAGUUAAAAUGGAACGCGAUCUAAUGAUUUGGUUGGAAGAUUGUAUUACCAGAAAUAUUCCUGUCAAUGGCAAACAAAUCAAACAGAAGGCACUACAAAUUUACAAUAAUUUGUUAAAAACUAAGGGUUCUUCUGGAGAUGACAAGAAACAAUCGAAGUUUAGUGCGAGUAAAGGAUGGUUAGAAAAUUUAAAAAAACGAUAUUCCUUGCAUAAUAUUAAAUUUCAAGAUGAACAAACUACUUAUAUGUUUAAGGAGGAAUCACCUGAAAAUUGUGAAGAUGACAAUGAUAAUAUAACUCAUCAUAUGUAUCAAAAUGUAGCAGAAAAUUUGAUGAGAAAUUGUUCCUUAAAUAAUGAAACAAUGAAAAACAUUGAAAAAGUAAACGUUACUUCUCACGUAACUGAGAAAGAAUUUGAAAAUGACAAAAACCAUCAUCGAGAUGUAAAAGAACUCUUACGAGACGAGAUUUCAGAUGAUAAGAAAUUGAUAGAUGACACAACCGCUUCCAAUGUAUUGGUAAAUAAGGAUAUGGAUAAAGAAUUGGAUUCAAAUUGGAAUUUAAGUACUGUAAAAAAGGGACUAGAUUUGGCUAAACAAUUAAAAACUUUCUUUAUGGAAAAUGAUCAUUCAAUUGAGCGAAGGAAUAAGUUUAAAAGGGAAUUGAAAAAAUGUUUGACUCCGUAUAAAGAAUUGUAUAUGAGCUUAAAAUUACAAAAUCAAAAUUCCAUUUAGGGAUGUUUACAGAACUAGGACGUUGAAGAAAAUUUAAGUUCCUUUAUAUCUUUACAUUCUUAUUUAUUUUUCUUAUAUUUGCCUGUAUUU